GCCAGGCUUCCUCAGGGGCGCCGAGCGAAUCGAUUCAGGAGUGACAGCCAGGGCGCUGAGCAGGGUUCUGCUGGUAGACAAUAAAGAUGUGUCAUCUGCCUUCAUGUCGCAGAGAAUGAAUCUGCUGGCACCUAAAAACAAAAUUUGUGUGGACCAUACAGAAGAGAGGCUGGUGAACCUGUGACAUCAUGGCAGCUCAGUACAAUGCACCAUUCGAUGAACAUGGAGAGGUGAGGGAGGGUUUCCUCUGCCCUCUGUGUCUGAAGGAUUUGCAGUCAUUCUACCAACUUCAGUACCAUUAUGAAGAGGAACACUCCAGCGAUGAUCGAGAUGUAAAGGGACAGCUGAAGAGUCUGGUGAAAAUUGCCAAGAAGGCUAAAGACAAGCUGCUGAAGAGAGACGGGGCAGAGCGUGCUGAAGGUGGAAGCCAGGAACGAUAUGAAGCAUUCAGCUAUGGCGGGGUGGAUCCAUGUCUAUGGGACCCACAGGAGAUCGGAGCUACAAGGAGCCACCUGUCCGAUUUCAAGAGACAUCGAGCCGCUCGGAUUGACCAUUACGUGGUGGAAGUGAACAAACUCAUCAUACGAUUAGAAAAGCUGACCUCAUUUGACCGGGUGAAUAGUGACUCUGCCAGGAUAAGAGCCAUUGAGAAGUCUGUGGUUCCCUGGGUAAGUGAUCACGAUGUUCCGUUCUGCCCGGACUGCGGGAAUAAGUUCACCAUUCGUAACAGGCGUCAUCACUGCCGGCUGUGCGGCUCCAUUAUGUGCAAGAGAUGCACAGAACUUGUCACGCUCGCACUUGCUAAUAAACUAACCAGCGCCAGCAAGCACUCCCUGUCAUCUCAUGGCAGCCCUAACCUAUCGCCCAGUAGCAGCACUCAGACCUCCCGCAGGGGCAGUAUUAGUAGCCUUGGAAGCGUGAGCUCCGUCCUUGAGGACAAGGAUGAUGACAAGAUCCGCUGCUGCCUGCAUUGCAAGGACACACUUCUCAAAAGGGAAAUGCAGAUGGAUGAGAAAGACCACACGCCUGAUAUUGUCAAGCUCUACCAGAGACUUCGAAGCUGUAUGGAGAAGGUAGAACAGAAGGCUCCGGAAUAUAUAAAAAUGGCCCAGUCAAUAAAUGCGGGUGAGACAACCUACAAUUUGGAACAUGCCAAUAAUGUACGGAUAGAGGUGCAGAAACACUACGAAUUAAUAGAUGCUUUGAGCAAGAAGAUUCUAACUCUAGGAAUGAAUGAAGAGCCUAAACCUCACCCCAAAACCCAGCAACUGCAGAAGAUGGUUAGAUACUCAGCCACACUAUUUGUGCAGGAGAAACUCCUGGGUUUAAUGUCACUGCCAACUAAGGAGAAGUAUGAGGAGCUGAAAGAGACGCGUCGGCAGGAGAAUGAGCAGAGAAUGCAGAAGGACCGGCAGGCCGCUUUUGAAGCACAAAGAAGAGGUGAGGAGAGAAAGAAAGAUCCUGCUGUUCGCUCUUCCAAUGCACUCAAUGGAGAUCUGUCACCUAAGAGAGGCAUCCGGAAGGUGGAGGGUUGGCUUCCAACACCUGGAGCCCCCCGAAACCGAGAGACCUCAGACCCACUUCUUCAGCAGAUUGAGAAUAUCACCUCAUACAUUCUGCAGGCAAGAGAGGCUGGCCGGGUGGAUGAGGUACAAAUGCUGGAAGAGAAUCUGAGACAGCUCCAAGAGGAGUACGACCAACAGCAGGUAGAAACCGCCAUACGCAUGUCCAAACAGCUAGCUGAAGAGGAGGAAAUGCAACGGGAGCAGCUGGAGGUGCUGAGGAUAAAAGAAGAGAAACGAGAGCAUCUCAAGGGCUUGACGAAACACACCAGGACUCAUUCACUGGACUUCAGAGAGCCAGCACAGGUAUCAAUCUGGCAAGACAACCAGACCUCAGCCCUUGACCUGGAGCUCCCUAAACUACCAUCCAGCCCUCUUCUGACUUCCCCUUCUCCUGUAUUAUCUCAAGAUAGAAUGUUAACUGAGCCCAGUUUUAAUAUCUCUAAUCAUCCUCCAUGUCUUUCUCCUUUACUGCCCAAUGUAAUUGUUGACAAAUGUACACCCCCAAAUCCAUUUGAAGAUGAAGACAAUGAGCCAUCACCUCCCCUGCAAAACUAUAUUCAGCAGAAUGGCCGUAGAGAAUAUAACCCGUUUGAAGAUGAUGAUGAUGAUGAUGAUGAGAAUAAUGAAAUGGAUGUAGAGAGCAAGAAAGGGUCGGAAACCAUUCCAUCCAACCCCUUUGAGGACACAAAGCACAAUUACUGGGAGCCUGUGUCCUCUAAAAAUCCCUUUGUUGAUAAACCUUCUGGGUCGGGGAACCCUUUUGAGGAAGACGAGGAAUCCCCGGGAAAUGAGGCAAUAGACGAAGAUCUACUCCUACAGCAGAUUGAUAACAUCAAAGCUUACAUCUUUGAUGCUAAACACAGUGGCCGCCUGGAUGAGGUUGAGGUAUUAACAGAAAAUCUAAGAGAAUUAAAGGCAACACUGGCAAAGCAGAAGAGCCUGAACAAGUGACCAAAGUUGGAGUAGAAAUUCUCCUGGGCAGAGGAGAAUCCAGCAUCCAUUUUUAGGCCAGCAACAUCUUGAAUCACUUUGCAUAUCACAAAAACUUGUAGCUCUGGGAGCCAGAAGGAUUAUUAUCCUAUGUGUUUCUGAGUCCAGAUCAGCCUGGCGUGCCAAACAGGUUUAACACCCAGCUUUACCAGGCUAGAUCACAGCUGUAUUUGGCAUGCAGGUAAUUACAAUUGAAGGGCAUCAAUGUGAAGUGUUGUGAUGCAGUGUGACAGCAGAUUCUGCAUAUUCCUACUCCAUAUUAUGUUGCGCCUUACUAUCAGCCUCUCACAUAAACAUUUUUUUUUUUUAAAGGCUGUAACAUGUUCCACUUAAAGCUACUCUUAAUAGGUUAGUAUAAUUUGUAUAUUGUAUGCAAGGGAAUGCUUUAAAUAUUCUUGUAACUUAUUAAGCCACAUUUGAAAAAUAACAAAUACAUGUUUAAUUUUGCAUUCCAUUCUUUUAUGAUGAUGCAAUCGGUCACCCGUCAGUCUGGAACACGUAAAGAGAUAAAAAUCUCUUUUAUUGGGGAUCAUGUGCAUUUAGUGUGUAUCAAAUGAUGCAAGAUGGCGAGCCACAAACAUGUGCAAAACAAAAUGCGCAAUAGGUCUUUAAAACCCGGCGUGUCGCUAUAGUAACCUCUAUAAAAUAAUUCAAAAUGUUUAUCUUGGGAAUAAGCAUAAAUUAUAUUAACCCAUCAAGUCAAUUGAUCUUUAAUGUUGGGACAUCUUGUGAUUCAGCUAUUGCAUUUAGGAAUAAAACUACAAAGAACAAGUACACUGACAUUGAUACUGUCUUCAAGAUCUAUAUUUAUAGAGAACACUACAGCAUGAAGAGGCAUAGUUCAUGGAGGGUAUUCAUUCCAGACUGUGAGCAUUGCACUGAUGGCGUUUAAAGCUUAAUGUCAUAUUGGGUCUUUAUAUUCAGUAAUCGAGUUAGUGACUUCUAGUUACCGGUAAGUAUUGACUUCUACUUCUCCUGCAGAGAAAAUAGUGCAUCCAAUACCCCACUUCCUCCUACAUGAAAGAGCACUUUAUACAUCUCUCUGAUAAAAUAUACAUAUGUUUACAGAACAUAUUUGAAGUUGUGUGGGAUGAGUCAGACCGAUUCUCAGUACUUCCAGAUAGGUUUCAUACAGUGGUUCAAUGAGUUCAACCAAUAACGAUUCCUCUGUCUUCUGAUAACCAGCUCAUGAAAUUUGAGAUCUCUUUAAUUGUAUUGAGCUAAUGCUAAGUAUUUUUGCCAUUCUCAGACAUAUGUUAAAAGUCUAUUUUGAUCUGUUGGCUUUAACUUUUAUAUUUGGGGGUCUCCGUUUAUUUGGGUCAGUGCCAUUAAGCAAAUCCUAAUGCUGAUCCCAUGAGAAACAAGAUCAAUGGGUGAAUAGUUUAAAGGGGGGGGGGGUAUCACUGUAAUAGAACAUUUACAUGGAAUGCUCCCUCCCAUCGUGCUCUGGGUAUUGGAAUUUUCAUGGUAAAGUUAUGUUCCUGUACCAUCUUUUGUAGUUAAUACUUAAAUCCUUUACUAUUGCUCAUAAGAUAUGGUAAGAACAGCUCUUUGACCACUUGUGUAUAUAAAGGUAAAUCUCUUUUUAACCUUUCAUCUUCCACAUUGGAAGAUUCAGGGUUAUUUUCCUUUAAGAACAUUAGUUGUUUUUUAUUUUUUAUUUUCUUCUACUACUUAAUUUUCCUAAUGAGCAAAGAUACAAACUCUAGGACAAGGAUAUUUAUCUCCCAUGAUGCUUUGUCAGCAUAGCUUUCUGCAUCGUUGGAGCAAAUAUCCAAACUCCAGGGAUAGCCAGUGAUUGUCAUGUAAUUUCCCACGAUGCUUUGCAAGUUCUGCUGGAAAGGAUAAUGCGAUAUGUCAAACUGCACCUCCAUGAUGCUUUGCCAUCUUUUGUGGAUCUACAAUAGUUGGUAAAGCACCCUCUCUUGGCUAUCCAUGCAUGCACUCAGGGGAUAAACAGUGCAUUACCCACAGAGUUUAUUAUAAGUGAGGAUAAAAUUGAAUACAGGUUGGAAACUUUGGACAAAUGUUUGAAACUCUAUCAACUGUCCACAGCUCACUGUUUGUUGAAUAACCCCUAAAUUAAAUCCAAGGAGGACCCCUGUAUUCAAUUGCCACGUCAUUUCUACCUGUGGCAUCCUUUUUCUAUGUAAUGCAUAUCGGCUGUCCAUUGGCAAUGGGCUUACUUUUUAAUUUAAAGCACAAUUAUUUUAUUAUUAUUAUUAUUACUGAAGUUCUAUUAUAUGCUAGUAUUAC